AUGAGUAACCCUCGUGAUCCGGCUCGGUUACGACAGGGACUCAACCCAUUAUUAACACAGUCAUUGGGUCCCUAUCAUAGCCAAAUCAACACCCCGCUGUCUUCCGUGUCGUCGGUACACCUUAACUCUGCUCAUACUCCUGGAAGCUCAAUUCAACCUUACAACCCACAGGAAUGGAUUGCCUCGCCCACUGCUGGUGCUGAGCAGCCUCGCCAAUAUCCAGAACAGAGAUCACCACUUCCUCCACCUCCAUACAGUCCACCGCGGAGCCAGCGACCACAAAGCGGCAUGUUUGAGUCGCCACCAACGGCCAACACAUCGGCGGCACGCAUCCCUCCAACGAAUAUACAUAGGCCUUCUCCCGAGCCCGUGGCCAAUACAUCGUUUCCUCCCCCGCCAGGAACUAACGGUAGAACAAGCUCGAGAGAGAGGCGUUUCGGCCUUCACUCGCUGAGAAGGAGUCGAGAACAUCAUGAUUCUAGCCCUCCUGAUCCAGUACCACCUGUUCCGAUAUCACGGCCGGGUCCUCUUCAGAUCCAGAUCCCACAUCCAUUGCCACAACGGAACGAUUCUGGUUCUUCUCAAGGCCCUCCUGGUGCUCGACGAGCCGCUUCUGCCAGUGCAAUUGAGACGCCAACGUCGGCCCGCUCACGUUCAGCGUCACAAACCAGGUGGGAACCCGGUAUGCCGCUUCCACCCCCACCUCCUGGCCCACCGCCCGCUUCAUCCAGAUCCCAAAGUCUCCAAAGCAUGCAUAGGACAAGCACGCCCAUGGCAUCACCGCCUACACGGCGACCUCCGCCGAGUGGAGUGACAGCUUUGGGGCCGGUACCUCCUACUCCAGCCAACUGGGUUGAUCAACCCGAACAGACUGCUCGCUCUCCCCCAGGCAGAGGCUCCCCGGGCCUGACUAUCGAUACUUCCAGUGCCGCAAGCUCUGUUCAAACAGGAGAAUCAAGUAGCUCCGCAACUUUAAGCUCUGGGAGUCUCAGCCGCGCAAGGGCAGUCCGUCAUGACAAAACCAUCGUUCAACGCCGUGCAGAAAGCCGCAACAGAUAUAGUCUGCACCAUAACUCAAUAGAUGGAACCAUCAAUCCCGCUCAACUCAGCGAUAUAAUGGUCCCCAGCGAGAACACACUUUCUCGCAAGCUGACGAUCAACAAGUCGACACCGAGAAGCGGGGGUAGAACUGCGGACGAUACACCCCGAACUGAUGAGCAUUCAACGACUCCACGGGCCUCUGCCUCAAUUCAGCGCCCUCGCAUUGAAACUGCAACACCCCCUUUCUCACCACAUCCUGCGAAGGGGACCUCGAUGAUAGAAGGAUCGCCUAAUGUGGUGCCCAAAGCGCUACCUACACCACCGCUCCAGACACGGUCAGCUUCCAGUUCCCAAACAAGGUUCAGGUCUACGACACCGGCAGAAGGACCAUCGUCAGCAUCCAUUUCAGGAACAAAACACACUGUUAUCACACAAACAGCCGAAAGAUUCUGUCACGAGACAAUUGAAAGAUUCCAAGCAUUUGCUGUUAAAGAGUCGACGGCGGCAACAGAUGCUGAUCGGGUGCGGUUGUUUGCCGAUUUCAUAGUUAGCGAAUCUAGAAUUAGGCGGGAACGGUACUCUUCAGCUAUCGGUGCUAUGGGUUCGGAAAUUUUCGAUCUUACGAGAGACAUAUUUCGCCCCAUGGUAACCAGGCGGGAAUCCGGAGCGUCGCAGGCCGAGUGGACGCCUCAGUCAUCUGAGCCUACCCGAUCUCAUCGUGGAUCGCUGACCUCAGUUUACCGCGAAAGCCCGGGGGAAUCUAGCUCUGCUCCCGCGUCGGCAAACAUCCCGAUUUCCCCUGUGGGUGGGCCGCCAAAUAAUGGGAACUGGACCUCAAACUAUAUGCCGUCUCUCUCCCCAAUUUUGAGUAUGAGCGUAAGCGACAAGCUUGAUGAGGCAGACUCCCGGGGCCGCCCAUCAAGUAGAUGGUGGGAGGCCGAUUCAUCUGGAACAGGAGGCAAAUUGAUUGAAAGAUCCAAGAGAGAAUCUAAGUAUAUGGGGGUGCCAAAGGAGGCUCGAGAGGCUCUUCAAUGGAUGGACAGCCCCCAAACACUCGAGAACCCUAGCGAUGGUCGGUGCUCGAGCGAGUACCCCCCAGAGAAAACCGGUUGGCAUGAGCCAGAACCAGAAUCUACACCGCAGCCCCUACGCUAUUCUGCACAAUCCCUCGCUUCCUCGGGCUCUCCAACAACACCUAAUCCUGCCCAUUUAGACAUAUCCCGUCUGGUCACUCUUCCGCCCCCAUUUCCACGCCAUCAUCCGGCAGUCAAUAAUAGUCACCCUGAACUUACAGAGAUGAGGACGGCUGUACGUCAGAUCAGUGACCUUGCAGAAAUUGGAGCCACAAAGGACAGAUUUCAGAUUACCAGCAACAAGAAGCGUGAGGAGGCUACCAAGGCUGCAGCUGAACGGCGACAGGCCUUGCGAUCCAACCUUCAACAGGAGGUUAAUGUGGGCAACAUGACAUUCGCAGAGGCGUCUGCUAUCGAGCAAGAUUCAAUGGUAGCUGAGAAGGACAAACUCAAGGAGCUUGGAAGGACGGAAUUCGAGCAGUUUCAAGCCCAGGUCGUCAUGCCUUUGAAUGACUUAGUCACUGGCCGUAUCACAAAGGCAACAGCAUUGUUUGACAAGUUGGCAAGCGGCCUCUUUGACGACGUCUCCAGUGCAGCGGACAUGCCCCAGGAAGAAGGCGACGACAAGCCUGAGCUCCUCGAAAAGCUGACGCUCCUGAAAUGGAUUUUUGAAGCCAGGGAAACCUUACAUAGGGCAAUCUACGACAUACUCACCGACCGCAACAACCGAUACCGGGACGUUGUACUGACACCGUACCGGCUAGCUGGUAAUCAAGAGAAGCUCCAAAACGCCGAAGCGUUCUUCGCCGAAGACGCCGCUAAACGUCAGCUGGCAUUCGCCCACGAGGUGCUGGCCCGUGUGCAAGAAUUUCAGGCCGUUGUUGAGCAGACCGUUAUGCGCGGUGUCGAGGUACAGUUAUCGGCCUUCUGGGAUAUUGCGCCACCACUGCGCCGUUUAUUGGAGAAGAUACCGCCAAGCCUAGACGAUUUCAACAUUCAGAUCCCAACAAUUGAGUACGAAGAGAAUCCUUCAUACUGUACACAUCCGCUGCAGUAUCUCUUCAGCCUUCUCCUUCACACAGAGAAAAGCACCUAUCAGUUUAUUGAAUCGCAAACAAACCUGCUUUGCCUAUUACAUGAAGUAAAGGAAGCUGUAACGCACGCCAAGGCAAAAGUUGUACAGAGCGAGGUUGAAGAUGGAGAAGGUCGAGAAUACAGCUCGGAAGAGUGUGAGGCACGUGCCCAACGUUUGCGCCGAGAAGAAGGCCAGAUAUUGACCGACGAUUUAAAAGAGAAGGUACGUGUUGUACAGGAUCAGUGGAACAGUGCCUUGGGCGAGAACAUCAAGAGUGUUAAGCAGAUGCUGGGAGAGUAUCUCCUACAAACAGGAGGUUGGGAUGAAACGUUGGAAGAAGGUGGCGUAGGCAGCGUCUAA